CGGACGACCCAUGUCAGCAGUGCCGCCGCUCGAUGCGGUGCUCUCGGAGCCAAUGAUCUUCUUGUCUGCCGCUCAGCGGCAGGUCGUGCAGCGGUACCAGCAUCUUGCUGCGCUUGCAGAUAGGCUGCCCUGCUGGGUGCCAGCUCGUACCGUGGCCGAUGCGCUGGGCUUUGAUCACUCCGGCAUCGAGCUGGCGCUGCGUUUGGCGGGCCGCCCUUACGUGUGGGCCACAGAAUUUGAGAACGUGCACUCUCUUUGGCGCUACGGGGAGCCAAACAUCCUGGUGGACGGUCAACGCCACGCCUGUUCGGAGGAUUACUACCAAGCUCAGAAGACAGUGCCUUACGACGACGGCGCGUGGUGCGCGCGGCGUGAGGGCGUGAUGGAGGUGGCGGUGCGGGCCAAGCUGGCGGCCGACCCGGCGCUGCGGACGCUGCUGCUCGCCACGGCGCCGCACCCGCUGCUCUCGCUCAAGGCGGACCGCGUGUGGGGCGUCGACCCGCGCAAGGGCGGCGACAACCUGCUCGCGCGCCUCUGGGAGCGGCUGCGCGAGGAGCUGCUGCACCGCGGCGGCGGCGGCCGUGGCAGCGACGCGCCGGCCAGGGUCGCCGCCACGGGCGACGGCCCGCUCGCCACAAUGGCCAACGGCCUGCCCGCCACCACGGCCGACGGCCCGCCCGUGCUCGUCGCGCCCGGCGACGAAGAUGCGCACGCGCUGCUGUGCGCGCGAGUGCUGCCGCACCUGCCUCCCCUCGUGCAGCAGCAGAUCGCCACCGGUCUGCGCGACCGCGAAGUGGCGCUCGCGCGGGUCGUCGGCCGCGACGCGCACGUGCCGGCGGGCCACGUGCUCGUGCACGGUGCGCCGCUGCCGCUCGCCGAGCUGCACGCCCUCGCGGCGGCGGGCGGACUCGACACGUGCCUCGCCGCAUGGCCGCUGUGGCGCGAGGCCGACGGUGCGGCCGCCGCCGCCAACGCGGCGGACGAGGCGGGGGCGGCACACGGCGUGCUGCAGCGCGAGGUGGGCGCCGUCGCCCUCGCACUCGGCUCGCGCGCGCCGCCCGUGGCCGUGCGUGUGCGCUACCGCGGGCGCGAGGCGGCGGAGGUGCACGUGCUGCCGACGCUGACGGGGCUGCAGCUCAAGUCGAAGGUGAUCGCCGAGCUGGGCCUCGACGGCGGCUUCCAGCACUACUACCUGAAGCUGAACCGCGCGCCGUUCGGCGCGCGCUCGCGGGUCGCCGAGCACGACGGCUGGUGCGACGGCUGCGUCGUCGAGCUCGAGGACGUCGGCGAGGGCCAGGCCAAGGCCAUCGGGCACACGUGACGUCGGCAACACGGCAUUCGCGGACUCUGCCUUUCGUAGGGUGCCCACAGGACCCAAAAGAAAAUAGCUUUCGGGCUCAAAAAGGGACGCACGAGGCAAAUCUGAUGUUGGAGAUAUGGAGUGUUCCAAUAGGAGCGAGGCCUCUUCCGUU